AUGCCAUCCUACUCUUCCAUCGACCUAGGCACACCCUACUUCGACCCAAUAUCACCUCUCUACCGCCAAUCCCUCCGCUCAUCGCACACCAUCAGCACGACUAGCACAAGCAACCCCACUGCCAACAUGACCCGCACAUCUCAACUUUCGCCCGACUACUUCUCCCACAAACCCCGCUCCUUCCUCUCUCUGCACACCGACUUUGACGAGAAACUCGCCGCGGCCCAGUCACCCUCACCCUCCCACGACCGUGGACGCCGCCAAUCGAGACUCGUGGGCUACGACCAACCCACCCACACGGUCGUUUCUCCUAGUCCGCGUGUACCCCGCAGCCGCACGCUCAUUCGAUUUUUGGUCCUUCUCAUCAUCCUGGGGCUCGUGAGUCUGGGCUGGCGCUGCGAAGCUGUGGGGUGCAAAGGCAGAGGCGGCGGCGCGCUGGUCGGCGAGAAUAUCGCAAGUAGUAGGUAUAUCGGCGGUGGUAGUGUGGUCGCUGGCUGGGGGACGCCGGAGGGGAUGGAUUUGAGCCAGAUCUGGGACCGGCCGAGUUGGGGUGGCGAGCGCCAGGGUGCGGACAAGAAGGAGGGGGGGAGCACUACGCUUGGUGCGUUUAAAGAUGAGGGAGGAGAGGCUCUGUAUGGUUUCAGGGACGAGGAGGGAGAAUUGGUUGGGCCUGCGGGCGUGAAUGGCGACGGAUUUGUGCAGUGGGAUGAUGAAGAUAGGCAGUUUGGUGCUGGUGAAUUAGACGCUGGAGGGGAGCAAACACAGGAGGGUGAAGCGACUGAAGAACAGCGGGGCGAGGUGGAGUAUGAGCUCUACAAGGCUCCGCUGGUGGGGACUAUUGAUGGACCUGUCGGUGAAAUGACAGGCCCUGCUGAAGGAGAUGUCAAGGACGGCGCUGUCAACACUCUUGCGCAGCCGGAUGCAGUGUCUGACACACAACCCGAAGCACAGCAGGACGACCACCAAGCCUACGAAUCCGCAACACUUGCACGAAAGGGUUCAUGGCCCGAUUCCAUGAACGGAUUGUGGUGA